CCGCUCGCACACCUGCUUUUCCACUGUCAAGCGAUGCCGCUGGCAUUGGGAACGUCAUCAGUACUCCAGCCUCCAGAAGAGAAAGCAAACAAACUGACAGUAGCCACCAGCACCACCAAAUCUUGGGGUCCCAGGGCCCUCGAAGGGGCGUGGCCCCGGAGCCCAGGCGUGGGAGCCAGACUGCUGCUCGCAGAAGUGCUGCCUGUCGCCAAGGUCCGGGCGGGUUCAGGUCAAGCCCCUGAGGGGCGGGGCGGACAGGGCAGUGCUUUAAGAGGCCAGGCCCGGGGACGCCUGGACGACCCGCACCAAUGGAGACCGCUAGGGACUACGCGGGAGCGCUCAUCAGGCCCCUGACAUUCAUGGGAUUGCAGACUAAGAAGGCCCUGCUGAUGCCCCUCAUGCACCCAGCUCGUCCUUUUAGGGUCUCAAACCAUGACCGAAGCAGCCGGCGUGGGGUGAUGGCCAGCAGUCUGCAGGAGCUCAUCAGCAAGACUCUAGAUGUCCUGGUCAUCACGGCUGGCCUGGUUACACUGGUACUGGAGGAAGAUGGAACUGUGGUGGACUCAGAGGAGUUCUUUCAGACCUUAAGGGACAACACGCAUUUCAUGAUCUUGGAAAAGGGACAGAAAUGGACCCCGGGCAGUAAGUUUAUCCCAGUCUACAAGCAACCAAAGAAAUCGGGGAUAGCCAGAGUUACCUUCGACCUAUACAGGCUGAAUCCCAAGGACUUCCUCGGCUGCCUCAACAUCAAGGCCACCAUGUAUGAGAUGUACUCGGUGUCCUAUGAUAUCCGGUGCACAAGUGCCAAGGCCAUGUUAAGGAGUCUGCUUCGAUUCGUGUCCUAUGCUGCCCAGGUGGCAGGACAGUUCCUGGUCUACGCAGGCACAUACAUGCUCCGAGUGCUGGCGGAUGCGGAAGAACAGUCUCCCAAGCCUAGCACCAAAGGCUGGUUCAUGUAAACAGGUCACAGCUCCAGAGCCCAGGUGCAUUCCUUUCUUGUAGAUUUAUAGGCUGUGGGAUGCCAGGAGAAACAAAGGGACUUGGUGGCUCAGCAGCAGGAUUCCUGCAGGGGAAGGGGACCAGAGAGGGGCCUUCAAGGGUCUUCAGACGAGAUUAACAGCACGGCAUCUGGGAGCAGCAUGCACAUGAAUUAGACUGUGGAUCCUUGUCUAUUGUAAUAAAGCAAUCACCAGAG